AUGAACCCCGAAGAGGAAGCGACAGCACUGGAGAUGGCUACAGGGCUGCCAGCGGAAUGGCUUCAGGAGCCGGUGACCUUCCGGGACGUGGCUGUGGACUUCACCCAAGAAGAGUGGGGACAGCUGGGCCCCGCCCAGAGGACCCUCUACCGUGAUGUGAUGCUGGAGACCUUUGGGCAUCUGCUCUCUGUGGGGCCUGAGCUUCCAAAACCUGAAGUCAUCUCCCAACUGGAGCAAGGGGCUGAGCUGUGGGCAGCGGAGAGAGGAAUUGCCCAGGGUCACUGUCCAGGCUGGGAACCUGGACCCGAAAGCCAAGCGUCACCCAAGAAGCAGGGCCUUCUUGAGGAGGAGCCAUCCCAUGUUGCGGAAAGGGAAGGCUUCGUGAGGGACACUCCCUGUCCCACCACACUAGGGAAACACUGGGAACGUGAGCGCCAGGUACAGGUGCCUGAGAAGGAACAGGAUAAUUUGAGGCGAUUGGAAGUUAGCCUUGAGGAAGUACCAGUUCAAGAUAAAAGCUAUGAAAGUUUCAGACCUGGGGAAAACAGUGUCCUGAAUGCAAACCCAGAUCCAUCCUCGGAGACUUCUAGGAGAGACUAUCUCUGUGCUUACGACUCACAGGCUAUAAACUCGGAAGGUAACUCAAGCUCAGUCCAGCAGACAGGCUCCUCCGGCAAAGGGCCGUGUGACAGCAGUGACUGUAGCAAAGCUUCCAGUCAGGCCAUUCCCAUUACAGAACUCACCCGAAGCCAAGUACAGGAUAAACCCUACAAAUGUACAGACUGUGGGAAGUCGUUUAAUCAUAACGCACAUCUCACAGUGCAUAAGAGGAUUCACACGGGAGAGAGGCCUUAUAUGUGCAAAGAGUGUGGGAAAGCCUUCAGCCAGAACUCCUCCCUGGUUCAGCAUGAGCGAAUCCACACGGGAGACAAGCCCUAUAAAUGUGCUGAGUGUGGGAAGUCUUUCUGCCAUAGCACACACCUUACUGUCCAUCGGAGAAUUCACACCGGAGAGAAACCCUAUGAAUGUCAGGACUGUGGGCGGGCCUUCAACCAGAACUCCUCCCUGGGCCGGCAUAAGCGGACACACACCGGGGAGAAGCCAUACACUUGCAGCGUGUGUGGGAAGUCCUUCUCACGGACCACGUGCCUCUUCCUGCAUCUGAGGACACACACAGAGGAGAGGCCCUAUGAGUGCAACCACUGUGGGAAGGGCUUCAGGCACAGCUCCUCCCUGGCCCAGCACCAGCGAAAGCAUGCUGGGGAGAAGCCUUACGAGUGCCGCCAGAGGCUGAUCUUCGAGCAGACGCCAGCUCUGACGAAGCAUGAGUGGGCAGAAGCCCUCGGCUGUGACCCACCUUUGAAUCCAGAUGAGAGGGCUCACCGAAGCGACAGGCCUUUUAAGUGUAAUCAUUGUGGGAAAUGUUUUAUUCAGAGCUCGCACCUCAUCCGACACCAGAUAACUCACACCAGAGAGGAGUCCCAGGGCCGGAACCGGCGCCGGCUUGAGCAGUCCUUUGCCCGGGGCUCACACCUUGCCCGGCAUCAGCACACACACUCCAGCGAGAACCCUGGGGGUGGGACAAAGGCAGGACAACCCUCGAGCCGAGCGCUUGCCUUGUUUGACAUCCAUGAAAUCAUGCAAGAAAAAAACCCGGUUCACGUCAUUGGGGUUGAAGAGUCUUCCAUGGGUGCUUCUGUGUUAUUUGACAUCAGAGAAUCCUCGUAG